AUGAGGGUUGGUUGUGCGUCCGCAGCUGUAUACCAGGCGUUGGCUUAUGCUUUUUGUUUAACCCACAACGCGAGAGGAGGGUUUAGCGCUAUUGGUGAUUGCAGCAGCAGCAGCGCGAAGCAGCAGCAGCAGCAGCAGCAGCAGCAGCAGCAGCAGCAGCAGGAGCAGCAGCAGGAAAUAUAUCUCUGCUGCCAUCAGCAUGGGGCCCGCAUGCACUCUCUUCUUUUUUAUGUUCUUUUGACGCUGCGUUUCGCCGCGCUUUAUCAACGCCAGCAGCAGCAACACCUGCUGCAGCAGCAACACCAGCAGCAGAAACACCAGCAGCAGCAGCAGGAGAAGAAGAAACACCAACAGCAACAGCAGCAGCAGAAGGAGCAGCAGCAACACCAGCAGCAGAACCAACACCAGCAGCAGAACCAACACCAGCAGCAGCAACAGCAGCAGCAGACGAUGAUGCAGCAGCACCAUCCCCAGCAGCACCCCCAGCAUCCCCAGCAGCACCCCCAGCACCCCCAGCAGCACCCCCAGCAGCACCCGCAGCACCCGCAGCAGCAGCAGCAGCAGCAGCAGGAGCAGCAGCAGCAGGAGGAGAAAAGGAUGAGUUGGUGGUCAAUGCAUAAAGAAAUAGAAAAUGAACAGCAGUUCAAAGAAUUCCUACUACAGGCCAUUGACAGCAGCUGCGAGGGUUUGAUGGUAAAAUCCCUAGAAGAUGACGCCCCAUACGAACCCUCAAAAAGAUGCAACAGCUGGCUGAAAGUAAAGAAAGAUUACAUUGAGGGUUUGACCGAUACCCUUGAUCUCGUUCCUAUUGGAGCUUUCUAUGGAAAGGGCAAGCGAAGCAUGAUGUUUGACCCCCCAAAGAAACGCAGAAAACAGCAUACAAAUCACUCCCUGUCUUUUCUAUAA